AUGAGCAUCGCCCGCCGCGACGACGACGACGGUCACGGGCCGCCGGCGACGCUGGACCCGUCCAAGGCGUCGUACGACCCGGACUGGCUUCUCAUCAUCGUCUUCAUCAGCAUCGCCCUGUACAACGUCGCCGAGCUCAACUUCCUCAUAGCGACGACGUUCAAGAGGUUCCGCGGCCUCUACUUCUGGAGCUUCACGUGCUCGACCUGGGGCAUCGCCUUCAACGCCGUCGGCUACCUCGUGCGAAGCGUCUUCCCCAGGCAGCACGGCUACCUGCACGCGACGCUCAUCCUGGUCGGGUGGUGCGCCAUGGUCAACGGGCAGUCGCUGGUGCUCUACUCGCGGCUGCACAUCGUCAUGCACCACCCGAGACGCCUGCGCCUCGUGCUGGCCAUGAUCCUGGCCGACGGCGUCUGGCUCAGCGUCCCCGUCGUCGUGCUCGUGUACGGAGCCAACUCGGGCGCCUCGGGGCCGUUUGAGCGGCCGUACUCGAUAUUCGAGAAGCUGCAGCUGACCGUCUUCUCCGUCCAGGAGGUCAUCAUCUCGGGCCUGUACAUUGUCGAGACGACGCGGCUCCUCCGGCUGCAGCGCGGCGUGGGCUCGUCGUCGAUGCGGCGCGUCAUGGGGCACCUGAUUGCGCUCAACGUCUUCGUCGUCGUGCUCGACGUGAGCGUGCUCUCGCUGCAGUUCACCGAGCACUACGACCUGCAGACGGCGUGGAAGGCGCUGGUGUACAGCGUCAAGCUCAAGUGCGAGUUCAGCGUGCUGAACCGCCUGGUCGAGUUCUCGCAGCAUCUGCGAGCCGGCCGCCACGUGUCGUCGGUGCACUACGACGCCUCCACCGACGUGGCCCUGGAGCGGUACCUGCGGAACGCGUCGCAGGCCCCUGCCGGAGCCGCCUACAGCAUGCAGGUCACGGCGGAGCGGCCGUGCGAGACGAGCCCUCCGGAGAUUGUCAAGACCACGGCCGUGACGGUGAGCCGCAGCGGGCCGUCCGCGCCGCCGACUCGCCCGUCAACCGCGGCCGAGAGCUCCGUAGCAGCCGACAGCUCCGCGGCGGCCUGUGCGCCCGGCGACGCGACGGACGACGCCGACAACACCGCCGACGCCGACGCCGACGCCAGCGGCACAACGUCGCUGUCGUCCGAGGCACGCCUGGCGCGGCCGUGA